UAAUGAGAUCACUGUGGCCAGCCUCCAGACUGAGUAACAACAGGGGUAGCCAGUUGCACAAGCGGCCGCCACCAAAGCAGGGGGUGCUGAAAGAGAAGAGGAGGCAGGCUUGAUUGACCUGUCGCUAGGACCUUGGAAACAGCCCACUGCAGAGAUGAAGGGAGAAGCUAGAAGUAUGCUACACAAGGACGAGUCAAAGCAGGAGGGACAUAUCUGGGGCUCCAUGAGGAGGACCAUUUUAAUCCUGGGCUCUGGCCUUCUCUUGUUUGUGGCCUUCUGGAACUCAGUCACAUGGCAUCUUCAGAGAUUUUGGGGUGCUUCUGGCUACUUUUGGCAAGCCCAGUGGGAAAGGCUGCUGUCUACAUAUGAAGGGAAGGAGUGGAUCCUCUUCACUAUAGGAGCCAUCCUAGUGCCUGCUCUGUUCUUCUGGUGCUUGAAUGGGCUUCUGCUGGUGGUCGACACAACUGGAAAACCAAACUUCAUUUCCCGCUACCGAAUUCAGGCUGGCAAGAACGAACCUGUGGACCCUGUGAAGCUACGCCAGUCUAUCCGCACAGUUCUUUUCAACCAGUGUAUGAUCUCUCUCCCCAUUAUAGUCGUCCUCUAUCCCUUCCUCAAGUGGUGGGGAGACCCCUGCCGCCGUGAGUUGCCUACCUUCCACUGGUUCCUCCUGGAGCUGGCGAUUUUCACCCUGAUUGAGGAAGUCUUAUUCUACUAUUCACACCGACUCCUUCACCACCCAGCAUUCUAUAAGAAAAUCCACAAGAAACACCACGAGUGGACAGCUCCCAUUGGUGUGAUCUCUUUAUAUGCCCACCCUAUAGAGCAUGUGGCCUCCAACAUGCUGCCGGCAAUGGUGGGUCCUUUACUAAUGGGCUCCCAUUUAUCCUCUAUCACCACGUGGUUUUCUUUGGUCCUCAUCUUCACCACCAUCUCGCACUGUGGCUACCACCUACCCUUCCUGCCUUCACCUGAAUUCCACGACUACCACCAUCUCAAGUUCAACCAGUGCUACGGGGUGCUGGGGGUGCUGGACCACCUCCACGGGACUGACACCAUGUUUAAGCAGACCAAGGCCUAUGAGAGGCACACCCUCCUGCUGGGCUUCACUCCACUGUCUGAGAGCAUCCCUGACUCACUGAAGAAGAUGGAGUGAGAGGGCUCUAGUGUCAUCCUGGCUGUCCCUUCAGCAGCAGCACACCGAGGUGUCCAAGGCCUCCUAACUACACCUAACAGCUCCUUCUGGUGCUGGGGUGGGGGAACCAGAUAUCUAUCACUUUGCCCCUUCCUGUCUGUUCCAAAAGGCUCUUCUCACACCCUUCUUCUCAAGACAGGGCCAGGACACCCUGACAAAACAUUACAGGAGGUCUCAGUUCUUGAUGUGCCAGAUGGCAGCCCCCUCUUCCCUCCAGCACAUACACACUAAGUCGAUGACAUUUCAACUCUGCCCCACCACAAAUGUCUUCCUUCUGGAAAAUAAAAUCACAGGAGCUCCUCCCUGGAUUAAAACUGAGACACCAAAGAGAUGCAGUCCAGUGGAAACCAAAGACCAAACCUUGAGGAACUACUAAGCUGAGGGCCCUUUUACUCACAAGGGGGAAGAGUCAGAGUUGCUGCCCUUUGGAAAUGCCCAACUGAGGCCCUGUUUGAAACAAGUAGCCUGUUUGAAUCAGGACCAGAGGAUUAGAACCUUUCUCCCCGAUUAGCCUAGAAAAACAUGGCUGAGCAAAGGGCAAAACCUUUCCCCCUCCCAAAUGGCAAACCACCUCUUCCAACACCAUUUAUUCAGGAUGAUUUUUUUUUUUUUACUAGAAACAUUAUCUAAAAACCACAGCCUGGUGUAGUAGCAUGUGCCUGUAAGUGCCAGCUACUCUGGAUGCUGAGACAAAAGGAUUACUUAAGCUCAGGAGAGUUUGAGACCAGCCGUAACAACCUGGGAAGACACCAUCUUAAAAACAAAAUCACAGAGCUGCUUGGGUUCAAGUGGUUUCUGUUCUGACCUCCCUUUAGCACCCAGAUACAGCCAGAAAGUCUGUUGCUCCCAAGAACAAUUUGAAGACCAUUCGGAUUUGAAUCAGAAAGAUCCCUGCUAUCGUUCACUGAAUUUUUAUGCACUUUGUGUUUAUUUCUAACUUGCAGUUCUCUUUUUUUUUUUUUGUAGAGACAGAGUCUCGCUGUACUGCCCUCGGGUACAGUGCCGUGGCGACACACGGCUCACAGCAACCUCUAACUCUUGGGCUUACGCGAUUCUCUUGCCUCAGCCUCCCGAGUAGCUGGGACUACAGGCGCCCGCCACAACACCCGGCUAUUUUUUUGUUGCAGUUUGGCCGGGGCUGGGUUUGAACCCGCCACCCUUGGCAUAUGGGGCCGGCGCCCUACUCACUGAGCCACAGGCGCCGCCCUGUAACUUGCAGUUCUCUGUUAAGAAAACUACUUGCUGGGCAGCGCCUGUGGCUCUACAGAGUAGGGCGCUGGUCCCAUAUGCUGGAGAUGGUGGGUUCAAAGCCAGCCCCGGCCAAAAACUGCAAAAAAAAAAAAAAAAGAAAACUAUUUGCUAUGGCUUUUAAAAAAAACUUCUAACAUCUGACAGGGCUAAGUCUUCAGACUGGACUAUCAGAAUGGUCUUCUUCCUAUCAACCCUAGGACCCUGGAGGACUUGCCCAAUAGGCCAACUGAUCACUUACCAGGCAAAUCCUCCCUGGCCUUCCAACCUUGCCUGCCCUCCUCUGGCCUUGGUGGACCCAGCUCCCUCCGUAGGAUGGUUUGUGCCCUUAGCUUCUAGUACAUCAAAGCCUAAGUUCUGACAGCUACUGGCUUGUAACCAUCACCUGUUCCUACAAAUAAAGAUUUGCGGGAAAAAAGACAA